UCGUCAACUUCAAAACUUCAAAAAGUCAAAACCCUAAAACGUUUCUACAAAACCCCCAGGCCCCAAAACCUCUUGAUUUUCUCUGGAACCAGCAAUGCGGAAACCUAAAGAUAAACCUGCAAAACAAGCGAAUCAAUUAAUCGAAAUCAAAGAGGAACCUAUGGACGAAGAAGGACGACGAACAGUACAGCCGCCGCAGGAGGCUGAGGACGAGAACGAAGUGAAAGAUGAACUGGAAGAAGAGAACGACGACGGCGGCAGCAGCGAAGUGGAAGACGAAGAAAAGAGCUUUGACGAGCUGGGGCUGGACCCUCGGUUGAUUCGAGCUCUUAGCAAGAAGGAUAUUAGUGUCUCAAAGCCAACGCCAAUUCAACGCGUUGCUAUUCCUCUCAUACUGGAAGGAAAGGAUGUGGUUGCACGAGCAAAGACUGGUUCUGGAAAGACGCUAGCAUACCUACUGCCCUUGCUUCAUAAGCUGUUUGCUGAUUCUGGAUUGAAGCAAAAGAAUGCUCCUUCUGCCUUCAUUCUUGUUUAUAAGGAGAUAUCUUCACUCAUAGACUUGUGUAAAGUGCAUUUGAAGGCUGUGCAGUUGAGAAGCAACAUGCCUAUAUCUGAUAUGUGUGCUGCAUUGUCUGGACCUCCUGAUAUUCUGAUCUCAACUCCUGCUUGUGUUGCCAAGUGCUUGUCAACUGGUGUACUUCAAUCGACAUCAGUUGCCGAUUCUCUGGAAAUACUUGUUCUGGAUGAGGUGAGUCUUCUCCAUGCUUCGAUUUUAGUUUGCUAUAAAUUGUUUGAUGGCCUGAAAGUAAAAGGCCAUUUGCAAGCAGAUCUGUUAUUAUCUUUUGGCUUUGAAGAGGACCUAAAAGCUCUUACCGCUCUUCUUCCUAGGCGUUGUCAAUGCCUUCUUAUGUCUGCCACAUCAAGUGAUGAUGUUGAUAAACUCAAGAAGCUUAUCCUACACAAUCCAUAUAUCUUGACUUUGCCAGAAGUUGAUGGCGUGAAGGAUGAAGUCAUUCCCAAAAAUGUUCAACAAUUUUGGAUUUCGACCAGUGAUCAAGACAAGCUAGUUCAUAUUCUUGCCCUAUUGAAGCUGGAGCUCAUACAGAAAAAAGUUAUUAUAUUUACCAAUUCUAUUGAUAUGAGUUUCAGAUUGAAACUUUUCCUUGAAAAGUUUGGAAUCAAAUCUGCUGUUUUAAAUUCAGAGUUGCCGCAAAAUUCUCGUCUCCAUAUCCUUGAGGAAUUUAAUGCUGGGCUUUUCGACUAUCUGAUUGAUGGGGAUGAGAGUGAGGUAAAAGAUGAGCAACUUGCUAACAAAGGUAGUAAUGUGAAUACCAAAAGGUCUAAAAAGUACCCAAAGCAGAAACUGGACUCAGAAUUCGGGGUUGUGAGGGGAAUUGACUUCAAAAACGUAUUCACGGUCAUAAAUUAUGAUAUGCCUGGUUCUGCUGUUGGAUAUGUCCAUCGAAUUGGACGGACUGGAAGAGCAUACAACACUGGUGUUUCUGUUUCUCUCGUUUCUCCAGAUGAGAUGGACAUUCUUGAAGAAGUAAAAUCUUUGUUGGGCAAUGAGGAAGAUCAGAAUUCGGAUGUCAUCUCUCCAUUCCCUUUGCUGACUAAGAGCGCUGUUGAGUCAUUACGGUAUAGGGCUGAGGACACAGCGAAGAGUGUUACAAGAGUUGCUGUCCGAGAAGCUCGGGCACAGGAUCUGAGGAAUGAAAUUCUAAACUCAGAAAAGUUGAAGUCUCAUUUUGAAGCUAAUCCAAGGGACUUAGAUUUACUAAAACACGACAGGAUUUUGAGCCAGAAGCCACCUGCUCCUCAUCUGCGCAAGGUGCCUGAUUACUUGAUCGAUGCCACCACGAAGGAAGCCAGUAAGAUGGUGAAGCUUGCUAGAGCCGCGAUGGGGAAUAAUCCUUCUCGACGUCAGGGGUUCAAAAGAAAGCUGAAAAAAGGAGGGGGAGACCCUCUCAAGUCAUUCUCUGCAGAGGGAAGGAAGGGAGCUCGAAAAGGUGGUAUGAAAAGAGGAGGCCGAAGCACUGAUGGCAAUCAUAACCACAAGAAGCGGAAAUCUGUGUGAGCUAUGAUUAUUGUUGUCUUUGGGGUAAUUCCCGUUGCAAUUUUGAUGGCCUCAUUUAGACAGUAAUCGAGGGAAAAAAAGGAAGUGCGUAUUUCUCAACUUAAAUAGAUAAAGUGACUGAAAAUUAGUUUAAUUCAGAUUAGAAAUGAAAAAUAGAGGUUACAAAAAUCUCUGUGUUUUUUUAAUAAUGAGCCAUGUAGUUAACUAGAUUACACAUGCGGGAGAUAUCUAUGAUUGGUAAAGAACAUCAAACUUAACUAAAAA